GUUUAAGAAUUCAUUUUCGUAAAUAGUUGUUUUUGUUAUUAGUGACAGCUGAGGUCUUGGCUAGCGAUAUGUUUGACGGCAUCACGACAAAGGCUCUUCUAGUAGCCUGCCUGGUUUUCUCAGGCUCGGCAUUACCCAAUGGCAAUGAUAAGCGCCAUUGGGUAGGCACAUGGGCGUCGAUGCCUCAGGAAGUUGAGCCUGCAAACUUGGCCCCAGCUCCAUUUGGAGGAGCAGAUGCUGCAGCUCAAUUCGAAAACACCACUCUGCGCCAGACAUUUCACAUGUCCAUUGGAGCUGACAAGAUCCGUAUUCGAUUUUCCAACAUCUUUGGCAAAACAGACUUGCCCAUCACUGCGGCAUCAAUUGCUCUACCAGUUGGUGGAAAGGCAGGUGUUGGUCAAAUCGAUACCAAGACCACGAAGCAGCUCAAGUUCAAGGGAAAGAAGUCCGUUUCUGUCCCAGCAGGAGAGAUUUUGUACUCUGAUCCCAUUGACUUUAAGCUGAAGCCUCUGUCCAACCUCGCAUUGUCUGUUUACACUGAGAAGGGUCAGCUUGGGAACAAGAUUACCGGACAUCCUGGCAGUCGAACGACUUCUUGGAUGCAAAAGGGCAACCACGUCAAUGCUGCGUCUGUAUCUGAGGGAAGCACCAAGCAUUGGUAUUUUGCGAACGGGGUUGACUCGUGGGCACCAAAGGACCAUUACGCUGUUGUUCUCCUCGGAGACAGCAUCACCGAUGGCCGAGGUAGUACAGAUGACACCAAUGAUCGAUGGUCUGAUGCUCUUGCGGCCCAUUUGCAAGAGUCUGGUAUGUCAAAUGUCGCUGUGAACAACAUGGCAGCAGGUGGCAAUGCUAUCCUCUCAGGCGGUCUAGGCCCUCCUCUCCUCCAACGAUAUAAGCGAGAUGCCUUGGAACAGCCAGGUGCCAAAUUCGUUGUCGUUUUCGAAGGUGUUAACGACAUCGGACCAUCCGCAACCGACGAUGCCACCCAAAAGAGGAUCAAGGACGGUCUCAUCAGUGCGUAUAUUCAAAUCGCGAAGGAUAGCAAAAAGGCGGGCAUGACCACCAUUGGAGCCACAAUCACACAGAUGCUUGGAAACCAGUACUACACUCCCGAAAGAGAAGUCACUCGAGUCGCGAUCAACGACUGGAUCCUGAGAAAUGGGACUUAUGACCAUACAGUGGACUUUGCGUCUUUGAUCGGAAGUGGAGACAAGCUGCUCCCUCAGUAUGACUCUGGCGACGGUCUACAUCCCAAUCCUGCCGCGUACAAGUUGAUGGGCACAAAGUUUCCGGUUCAGGUUUUUAAGAAAUAG